UAAUGUUAUGCUCACAAAGAUUUAACUGCUAAUUACUUUAAGCCGUUACAAUAUUAAAACAGUAGUGUGAAUGACUGUUGUCCAAUAUUUAAUUAAAUCUUGUAACAACUAGUUUUAUCCACGUGAAGUUAACAUUUUAAAUAUGGAAGUAACAUCAUUUAUUCCUUCAAGCUCGAGCAAUUCGCCUUUAAGUUUUCUUAAGGGCUUAUUUGAUGGAAAUGGCGGCUCGCUCCGAAACCAUCACAGUAACCAAGACGCUCUAGAAGCUGUCAAACUGGAUCCUGCCGUGCUAGAAGCACAGGUGACGGUGCAUUCAAAUGACAGAACUGUCAAUGCCGCGAAUACAAAGCCCGAAGCGGUUUCUAAGACUAAUAAAGUUGUCAAGCCGCCGAAACCGGAGCCGACACCAUCGCAGUGCUCAACAGAGAAAUCUUUUGAAAAUAUGGUAAAGCAACAGGAAGCAGCACUCCUAUCUUUAACACCUCAACAACUGGAACUCCUGAUGAAAUAUGCUGAUGUCCUCCGCAGACAGAGGAUGAUCACACAAAAAUAUUUGGAGUGCGCAUUUUGUAAAAACAACGGGAAGUCAUCAGAUUGGUACACAUCUCACGCUUUGAAGGAUAUUCGCGGUCGUGUCCUGUGUCCAAUCCUGCGAAGGUAUCACUGCCCUCGCUGCGGCGCCACUGGCGAUCAAGCCCACACCAUAAAAUACUGUCCGGAUUUAGUUUUAGACUCACAAAGCACCAGUUCUGGGAAAUCUUCAUUUUAA